AUGUCGAACACGAUAGAUACGGCCAAGCUGGCGCUAAUAUCCCAAGGGGCGGCCUACGGCCUCCUGAUUGGGCUUGGCGUCGUCUUUUGUGGUGUGAUUCUGAUCGCAGUGAAGGUCCAAAAGACCUACCUAGCAGAGGAUUCUGGGAAAUCUGAAAUGUUCAUGGUGGCCAAUCGAUCUGUUGGUACAGGGUUGACUGCUUCGGCGGUGUUCUCGUCGUGGAUGUGGAUUAACGAGACAGUCUUGGCGGCUGCUAUGUGUUAUAGAUAUGGACUUGCAGUUCCUUUGUGGUGGGGAUCUGGUCUUUGCUUCCAGAUCGCAUUGAUGGCCGCUCUUGGGGUAAUGGCCAAGAUUCGAGUGCCCUAUGCCCAUACUUCCCUGGAGAUUGUUCGCAUGCGAUAUGGCAAGAUUGGACAUCUCAUUUUUAUUGUGCUCAAUCUGGUGAACAAUGUGUUUGGUUGCGCGUCUAUGAUCAUGACAGGAUCUCAGCUGAUAUACGGUGUAUCUGGAAUGCACUUCGUUGCUGCUACCAUCCUGAUUCCACUUGGAGUGGUUCUUUAUACGGCAGUGGGUGGCCUGAAGGCUACAUUCCUGACCGACUUUUUACACACGGCCAUUGCAUUGAUCCUCAUUAUUUACUUCACGAUCGCCGUUUUGACUAACGCAGAGGUCGGUGGACUAGGCGGCCUUUACGAUAAGGUGGUUGCAACAGCUGGCGAAAAUUAUAUCCCAGGAAAUUAUGAGGGUUCACUUCUCACAUUUAAAUCCAAGAACGCUAUAAUUUGGGGACUGAUUCUCAAGUUUGGAAACCUGGCCCUCGUUGUUAUGGACACGGCGUUCUGGCAAAAGUCAUUCGCAACCGAAGUCCAAGCCACAGUACCAGGAUACAAUAUCGCCGCCGUGGCGGUCUUUGGCAUCCCAUGGGGCCUGGGAACAGUCAUUGGAUUAACCGCCCGAGCAAUCCAUAACACUCCAAUCUUCCCAACGUACCCAGGUACUCUCACAUCGACAGAAAUCAGCAUGGGAAUGGUUAUGCCAUACACGAUCAAGGCCCUGAUCGGGGACAAAGGCAUUAUAGGAUUCUUCUUCCUCCUGUUCAUGGCCUUGACCAGCACGAUCUCAUCGUCCAUGAUUGCUGUCAGCAGUAUCCUAUCAUAUGAUCUCUACAAGACUUACCUCAAUCCAAAGGUAACAGACAAACAGCUUGUGCGAGUCAGCCAUUUAACCGUGGUGAUUCAUGGCGUGUUCAUCACAGGCAUCUCGAUCGCGAUGAACUACGGCGGUGCCAAUAUGACUUGGAUUAGUUAUAUGCGACCCAUUAUCUCAUGUCCUGGGAUCAUACCGCUUAUUUUCACCUUGUUCUGGUCUCGCCAGACCAGAUUGGCCGCGAUUGUGUCCCCGGUUCUUGGCUUUUUCACUGGUCUAGCUGUUUGGCUUGCAUCAGCCAAGUCGAUGUACGGUGCUGUCGAUAUCGCUGCUACGUCAAACAACUAUCCCGCUCUCUACGCUGCUAUUGCAUCUUUCUUUUCACCCGCAAUAUAUUCAGUAAUCCUGUCGCUUUACAACCCUUACACAUUCGACUGGAGGGAAUUCCUGCGCAUUGAGCUUGCAGAUGAAGCCCAGAUUCAUCCAGCCUCGGACACAAAUACACUCAAUGAAAGCAGCGAAGAGGACAAAAAUGAUGCGAAGCGAGCCACGGGAUCCGUAACGCCAGUCUCUGACAACAUGCCCGAAGCGAACGCAGACCCUGAGCACGUUGGUGCCCACGAGAAGGCAACACCAGCGACUCUCUCAUCGCCUGGCUCAAUCGAAAUUACCUUGGAAAAUAUCCAGCAUCCGUUUGACGACGCCACUCUGAAAGAGCUGUAUCGGUGGCUGAAAAUUGCCUGCUACAUGUUUGUAGCCAUUGUAUUGGUCACUUUUGUUGCUUGGCCACUACCUCUCUAUCGUGACUACAUUUUUACCAAACAGUUCUUUGCUGGCUGGAUAACAGUGUCGAUCAUUUGGCAGUUCGGCGCAUUUGGGGCUGUUGUUAUUUAUCCACUGUAUGAUGGACGACGUGAGAUAGCGAUUGGUGCUCGGGGUAUAUGGACGACCUUGUCAGGGUAUACUAGCAAGAAACGAGCAGCUUAG